GUAUGCCUCAGAUUCCAACACAGAUAACAAGACCGGUUACUGGGUAGUACAAGCACUGUAGAGCUUAUACACUGGAUGACACACUGCAACAGAACACUUCCUUUCUUGUUAUCGGAUACACUUUAUGUUAUAUCAAGAGCGACUAGAUACUCUCACAGUCUUAAAAAGAACUUCAAACGGAAAGGUAUUUUAUACACUGGAUAACUUGUAAAAAUGAACAGCUCUGAAAACUACACAUCAGAUUAUGGGGACAAUCCCACAGAUUACAACUAUGACAUUGAAGAGCCAUGCGAGAUGAUAAACCAUCACACGGUAGAAAGAGCACUGAGGCCAUAUGUCCACUCUGUCAUCUGCAUUCUGGGCUUCAUCGGCAACGUCCUGGUGAUCAUCACCUACGCCUUCUACAAGAAGUCCAAGUCCAUGACGGAUGUCUACCUUCUCAACAUGGCCAUAGCAGACUUGCUGUUUGUGGUGGCCCUGCCUCUGAUCAUCUACAACGAGUACAGUGAUUGGUCCAUGGGGACAGAGGUCUGCAAACUGCUUCGCGGGGCCUACAGUGUCAACCUCUACAGCGGCAUGCUGCUGCUAGCCUGCAUCAGUACUGACCGCUUCAUCGCCAUCGUCAUGGCCCGCCGCUCCUUCAGGCUGCGCUCCCGAGCCCUCCUCUACGGCCGCAUCGUCUGCGCUCUGGUCUGGGUCCUGGCCCUCUUCCUGUCCAUCCCCACCUUCCUCUACUACGAGAGAUACAUGCCAUCACACAGCAAUGUCUCAUUUGAGGGGCACAGGGUGUUUUUCUUGAAUGAGACCAUCGAGGAUGAUUUCACCGUCUCGCCGGUGUGUGAGUUUAGGUUCCCAGACAUUGAGACGGCCGAUAAGAUGAAAGUCCUGAUCCCUAGCACCCAGAUGGCCAUAGGGUUCUUCCUCCCCUUACUGAUCAUGGGAUUCUGCUACACCAGCAUCAUCAUCACCCUGCUCCGGGUCAGGGGCUUCCAGAGACACAAGGCAGUGCGAGUAGUGCUGGCCGUGGUGGUGGUCUUCAUCGCCUGCCACCUGCCUUUCAACAUUGCCCUGCUCUACGACACCAUCACAUUGUUCCAUUUGCAGGACUGCAAGGAUGUUGACCUUCUCCACACCAUCAAGGCGGUCACGGAGAGCGUUGCCUACCUGCACUGCUGCCUCAACCCCGUCCUGUAUGCCUUUGUAGGGGUGAAGUUCAGGAACCACUUCAGGAAGAUCGUGGAGGACCUCUGGUGCCUGGGGAAGAAGUACAUCCAGCCCAGGCGCUUCUCUAGGGUCACAUCGGAGAUGUACGUCUCCUCCACACGCCGCUCUGUGGACGCUUCCUCCACAGACGCCUCCUCUUUCACCAUGUGAAGACUUCCGAUUGUUAUAUUGUUUAGUCUAUCAUAUCACCAGGAAUGUAUUAUAAUUAAGCCGGUCUGAAAUUUCAAGAACAGAGGGGGAUCAAGGAAAGCCACACAGAGUAAUGAUCAAUGUUUUUGGUUGUUUUGUGUUUGUUUGCAAAUACUCUAGGGCACCUAUCGGAUACCAGACAGGUGUACCAGAGUACAGUUGUCAUUUUAUAAAUCUCAUUUAGAAAUGCCUCAUGGCCGCCUGAAGCCCAAUCAUGUCGAAUAAUGAAUGUUUUGUUGCGAGAGUGAUCAGCACGUAGAAUAAUAUGUAUGAACUGUAUAUUGGCAGAUUUUUCCAUUAUCAACGUUUGAGAUGUUGUUAUUACUGUUUUUGCAUGAAGCCAUAGAGAAAACAGCUUGGAUGGGAUGUUUUUCUCACACUCCUCAGGAAAUGUAUUGCGUAUUAUUUUAAACUAAUUAAACAUUUUACAGACUGUG